CACACAUUCAUCAUCACAAACAAACACUUUCGAAUGUUAAAAAUGGUGAAUUUUUGUUCAGUUUUGCUAUGCUUUGCCCUUAUUGCAUUCUCCCUAGGGUUGAGUUCGGCCCAAAACUGUGGCUGUGCUGAGGGGCUGUGUUGCAGCAAGUGGGGGUUUUGCGGCACCGGUGACGACUACUGCGGCCAAGGCUGCCAGCAAGGGCCGUGCAACACCGCCGCUAGCAACGGUGGCUCCGUGUCCGACAUCGUCUCCGAUGCGUUUUUCAACGGCAUCGCCGAUCAGGCGGAUUCCAGCUGCGAAGGGAAGGGGUUCUACACGCGUGCCUCGUUUCUUGAAGCCGUCAAGUCCUACCCGCAGUUCGGAACCGUCGGGUCUGUCGAUGACUCUAAACGAGAAAUAGCUGCGUUUUUCGCCCACGUUACUCAUGAAACUGGACAUACUUGCUACAUAAACGAGAUCAACGGCGCCUCCGGAGAUUAUUGCGACGAAACCAAUACACAGUACCCUUGCGCAACAGGGAAGAUGUACUACGGUCGUGGACCCAUCCAACUAUCCUGGAACUUCAACUAUGGACCGGCCGGCCAAAGCAUUGGUUUCGACGGCCUAAACAACCCGGACAUUGUCGCCACUGACCCAGUUAUUUCGUUCAAGACCGGCCUGUGGUAUUGGAUGAACAAUUGCCAUUCUCUCAUCACCUCCGGUCAGGGUUUCGGUGCCACCAUUCGCGCGAUCAACGGCCAGCUUGAGUGCGAUGGUGCCAAUUCGGAGACGGUUAGCAAGAGGGUUGAGUAUUACACCGAGUACUGCCAGCAACUUGGUGUUGAUACUGGGGAUAACCUCAGAUGCUAAGAUAUAUAGGACAAUAAAAUGUAAUAAAUGCUAGAUUGUUGAAUAUCUAGUCUAGACUAGACAAUAAUGUCCUUAGUUAUACAAUUGUUUGUUUAUAUAUUCACAUAAUUAUGUAAUUUAUAUGAAUCUUUAAUGAUUCAUUAUUUACAUA